AUGUCAUUAGCUAUUGCUGUGAGAACUGCAUUUUAUAUUAUAUUACGUUUUCUAGCUAAAAUAGUAUUUAAAAUCUUUUAUCGUGAUCAUGGUGUAUUUCACCCGGAAAAUUUUCCUCCAGACGAUGGUACUCCAAUAUUAUUUAUUGCUGCUCCUCAUGGAAAUUUUUUAAUGGAUGCGAUCACUAUUUUUGUUACUUGUCCAAGAUAUGUUUAUUUUUUAAGUGCAAGAUCCAAUUUCGAUUAUCCUAUUUUUGGUACACUCAUGACCUUCAUUGGGUGCAUACCGGUUACGCGACCAUUUGAUGUUAAAAGAGUUGAUGGAGAUGGUUUAGUAAGGGUUAUUGAAGAUGGAAAAAUAGUAAUUGGUAAUGAUCUCGGUAAUAUACUUAAAGUUCGUGAUACUUUAUAUGUAGAAUUUGAAGAACCUGAUCAUGAAACGUUGAAAGAAGCAAGUGGUAUUGUUGAAGAAAUCAUCAAUGAUGAUAAAGUACGCAUAAAAGAGCCAGGAAUGAAAUGGACUACCAAAGGAAAACCUAAAGGACAGUUAAAGCGUUUAGUAGAAUAUGGUAGUUUUGUUAUUCGUGUGGAUCGUGAGAGUACUAUAAAUAAUUUGGAAAAAUUUUUGCCAAAAUAUUUGACAAAAAGUAUUGAUAGAUUGUCUACUUCACCUGGUGUAUUAACUUCUCCAGUUUUUGAUGGUCAACCUAAUGAUAUUAUCAUUCAUUCAUCAAAUCAAGAAACAACCGAGCAUACUCCUUUAAUUCCUGAAAGCUCUUCAAGUAGUCGAAGGAGUUCAUAUAUUCAUUCUGUUCCGGACAUUCCAACAACUUAUUCUUAUACUCGUAUGCCCCCUCAUUCUGAAGUUUACUCUGCCGUACAUAGUCAUUUUUCCAAAUCUAAUUGUAUAGCCAUAUUUCCUGAGGGUACAUCACAUGAUAAUGAACAUAUGUUAUCGUUAAAGUAUGGAUGUGCGGUUAUGAGCUUGGGCUAUCUGGCAUCUAAUGAACCUGAUGCCUCAGGAAAACCAAGAAAGUUAAAAUUGGUACCAUGUGGAUUGAACUUUUUCGAUCGUCAUUCGUUUCGAAGUCGCGUAUUUGUUGAAAUUGGUCCUACAAUAGAAAUUGAUAAUGAAUUAAUUGAAAUGUAUAAAGCCGGUGACGAAUCAAAGCGUAAAGCUUCUCAACAGCUUUUAAAUACUAUCCAUACGUCUUUGACAGAAAUAACAAUUAAUGCACCAGAUUAUGAAACUCUUUUAUUCUUUAAGACAGCAUCAAAGCUAUAUCGGGAAAAAUUAUCACCACAGAAAUUUAAUUUUUCGGAUAAAAUAUAUCUACUACGAAGAAUAGCUAAGAAAUAUUCUUCUACUGUUCCUUUGACAGAAGAAGUCAAAAUAUUAAAAUGGGAUACUAAUACAUAUGCUCAUAAACUUCGCAAGCACCAUCUAUCAUUGCCUCACCUAUCCGUAAUCCCAAUUUCAUUAAUCCUAUACCUUCCACUUUACUUAUUCUUAAUUGUUUUAACAAUUCCUGGGUUAAUUUUCUUCUGUCCAAUUGGACUCAUCGCUCAAUACGUUGGAAAGAAACAGGGUGAAAAUACCAUGUUAUAUGAUGAAAAUUCAUUAUCUGUUACGCGGUGGCCUGGAAUGCGUUGGGUAGGAAAACGAACAUGGGUUUGUUUAUGGAGCCUUGCAAAACUAAACAGAAGAAGAUAUUUUAUGUUACAAAAAGAAUUAUUAUCAACUCGAGUUUGGAAGUGGUUGGAUGAUAACAAUAAUUAA